AACUGUUGGUGUUGAACUCUGGGUUAAAAGUGGACUCAACCAACACGAUGGCGCUGCUGCCGCAAGUAACGUUGCUAAUACCUGGCAUCCUGGCAGUAACGGGAGCUGUCUCCGUCGACGAAGACUUCUACAAAUGCGCAAACCCUGGAGUAAUAUUUCCCGGUUACCAAAGGCUGGAUCUAACGCUGAAGCUACCCUUCUACGGUGAAAAAUACAACACUCUUUUCGUAAGUUUCCUUGCCAGCCAACAUCAUGUAACUUUGAGAAGUUGCAGGUUACUACUAGGGGUACUGUUGAGUUUGCUUCACCACCCAGUGAUAUAUUUAUAGCUCCAUUCUCCGGGAACCUAGAGCCGGAUAGCAAUGAUGCAAACAGUUGUGUGAAAUUUUGCCGAGACACAGCGCAAACUAACAUAGAUAAGGCAGAAUGCCUUAUCCACCGCUAUACUGACUAUUCCUGCUUCAAAGCAAAAUACCUGAUCAUUGCUACAUGGGAUGAGGUUGGAUACCAGGAUUCUGUGGACAAUUCAGUGAAUAAUACAUUUCAGUGUGUAAUUGCAACGGAUGGUGAAAUGUCUUUUGCAAUAUUCCAAUACAACAUGCUGCAGUGGAAAGAUACUAGCCCUGCAUAUGUAGGAUUCAAUGGGACAAACAGCACUUGGAAGAUGCCCUGUUCAAUGACUGAAAACAUAGUCUCACUGGUCGAGACCAGUAAUGUUGGAGAGGAAGGUGUUUGGUUGUUCAGAAUUGAUCAAGAUACUAUUGAGCCAGCAUGCAGAGACAGGGCAAUGUGUGGAGAGGACCAGCUAUGCUCCUGCCUGAUAGACAACAACAACCAGCAAUGUCUCUGCAAGAACACAGCCAUGAGUGGUGAAGAUGAUUUGACGUGCAAUGUUGACACCGUGUGCCCAGACAACUGCAUUGUGACCGUUACACAAACAAUACCACCAUCUGAGACUCCAUGUGCAGAAGGAGUUCAACCAUCAGAUGGCUGCAGCAAUACCCCAGCGAUUGUUCUAGGAGUUUUGUUUGUACUUGCAACAGUCAUCCUUAUCAUAGUAGUAGUUAUCGUAAUAAUUAAGAAGCUGAAUAAGUACAUAAGCAUAUUUUUAAAUUUCUUGCAAGGUCAUUCUUAGCUAUAGAGUGCUGCACUUAUCGGUGUCAUGCUGUAUUAUUACAAACAAGAAUACAUACAACACACAAUAAUGUACAAAUACUUGUUUACAAAACAAUAAUGUCGAUGCAAAAGCAAAAUAAUAAUAAUAGCGUGUCAAACAGUACAAUAGAGUAGUUAAUAUCCUCAAUUAGUGAAAGUGAUGACAGAAACCUACACUACAUGCCCUACUUUAGCGGAGUUCGUCCUAUUCUCUUCAUAAUGAGGUGCAAACGAAGGGCCACGUCCCCAAUCAACGGCCGCUGAAUGCUCUCCCCGAGCCAACAAGAGCACAUCAACUCCCAGCAGUCCGUGUCGAACCGCGGUAACCUUUCCGGUCUUAACCCCUUCCUCACCGACGUCCAGAGCUGUUCCUUGUUCUGACAGGCGUCGAACGCCCCGGGGAGUUUCGUGUCGUUGGCACAGAUGUACCAGAAGAGGAUUCCGAAUGCGU